AUGAAGCAUUGGUUUUUGUUGCUGGAAUUGAACAUUGCCAGAACUGGAAGAUUUGUUGGCAGCUUAGUAUUUUGUAUAUUUAGCUCACUUGUGCCCAUGGUUGUGUUGUUCGUCCGGAGCAGAAUACAGAAGGGAAGGCCGAUGAAGAGAUCGAAGAACGUUCGCAAGAAGAAAGCCCUGGAAAAGGCCAUCUCCAAGACCGAGCAAUCUUUUGAGAAAGUUGCCAAGUUUGAGAACAAGAAGCAAAGAACUCAAUCUGCUAAACAGCUCUACGACUGA